CCCCCCGCGGCCGCCGCUGGAAGAUGUCUCAGGAAAGGCCCACGUUCUACCGGCAGGAGCUGAACAAGACAAUCUGGGAGGUGCCCGAGCGUUACCAGAACCUGUCCCCGGUGGGUUCCGGCGCCUAUGGCUCAGUGUGUGCUGCUUUUGACACAAAAACUGGGUUACGUGUGGCCGUGAAGAAGCUCUCCAGACCCUUUCAGUCCAUUAUCCAUGCCAAAAGGACCUACAGAGAACUGCGCUUACUUAAACAUAUGAAACACGAAAAUGUGAUUGGUCUGUUGGAUGUUUUUACACCUGCAAGGUCUCUGGAGGAAUUCAAUGAUGUGUACCUGGUGACCCAUCUCAUGGGGGCAGAUCUGAACAACAUCGUGAAGUGUCAGAAGCUCACGGACGACCACGUUCAGUUCCUCAUCUACCAGAUUCUUCGAGGUCUCAAGUAUAUACACUCAGCCGACAUAAUCCACAGGGACCUGAAACCCAGCAACCUGGCUGUGAACGAAGACUGUGAGCUGAAGAUCUUGGAUUUUGGACUGGCUCGACAUACAGAUGAUGAAAUGACAGGCUAUGUGGCCACCAGGUGGUACAGAGCCCCUGAAAUCAUGCUGAACUGGAUGCAUUACAACCAGACAGUUGACAUUUGGUCGGUGGGAUGCAUAAUGGCCGAGCUGUUGACUGGAAGAACGUUGUUUCCUGGUACAGACCAUAUUGAUCAGUUGAAGCUCAUUUUAAGACUCGUUGGAACCCCAGGGGCUGAUCUUUUGAAGAAAAUCUCCUCAGAGUCUGCUAGAAACUACAUUCAGUCUUUGACCCAGAUGCCGAAGAUGAACUUUGCAAAUGUUUUUAUUGGUGCCAAUCCCUUGGCUGUCGACUUGCUGGAGAAGAUGCUGGUGUUGGACUCGGACAAGAGAAUCACAGCAGCCCAAGCCCUCGCGCACGCCUACUUCGCUCAGUACCACGACCCCGACGAUGAGCCCGUGGCCGAUCCUUACGAUCAGUCCUUUGAGAGCAGGGAUCUCCUUAUAGAUGAAUGGAAAAGCCUGACCUACGAUGAAGUCAUCAGCUUUGUGCCUCCACCCCUUGACCAAGAAGAGAUGGAGUCCUGACCCCCUGGCUUCUGUUCUGUUGCUCCCACUUCACUGUGAGGGGAAGGCCUUUUCUCGGGAACUCUCCAAAUCUCAUUCAAGUGCCUCUUGUUGCAAAGAUCUCCCCCGUGGUGGAAGAGGGGGGUGUGUGUGCGCGUGUGCACGCAUGUGUGUUAGGGCGUGUGUGUCUGUCUGUCUGUCUUUGUGGGAGGGAAAGAUAAUACGAGAUAAAACUAUGAUCACAGUGACUUUAUGUGGGUUACAGAUGUUCUGUGACAGCCUCUGCUUGCGCUUCUUUGUGAGAGUCAGCCCAGGCCGGCAAGAGCUGCCGUCGUGUUAGGGUUUGUUAAAUGCAAAGUAAAAAAAAACAGUAAACAUCCUCGGUCCCAGUCAUGCAGUUACCGUUUUGGCCUCUCCUAUAGCCCCACCUUGGUGGAGGGUCGCCUUGACCUUGGUAGCACAGAGAAGGCUCACACCUCUCGCUGCUUCAGACCCGAAGUCGUUCCUCAACGAUGCCUACAGCGAAAAAGGACCAACUGGCUUCUGUGCACUAGUCUAAGAUGAAUUUGCUUUGUACGAGUCUCAGAACUCAGCAGGUAUAUCUGAAACUUAAUAUGUUUGUGCCUUAAAAGAAGAGAAGAGAGUGUAGAUAGUAAGAAAGCGCAGCAGAUGAAGUUUUGAGCCACGCACGUAGUCAGCCUGUUGGAUGGCCACGUGUGAAGCAGGGAGCCUUCAGAGGCACCAUGUGUGCAUGUGUGAGCAUGCGUGUACUGCUUCUCUCUCUCCCCCCACUCCCCCAGGUGUCGUUGCCAUUUCUCUGCAGUAUUACCCCACCUUCGGUGCAGAGGUUUCUUGAGUGUUGGACCCCAGUAGCCAGAAGCCGGUUCUUGCUGUCCAUGAACUUCCUGUGUGCUCCUCCUUGCUAGCAGAGUGACGAUGUGUUUUGCACGUCUUGCUGUUUGAGCAUGCACAGCUGCUUGUCCUGUUUUUUUUUUUUUUUUUUUUUAGGGAAGCCCUGGUGCCAGGCAGGUUUGCUAGUGAAGACUUCUUGGGUAGUUCAGAACCCACGUCACCUUGGCUGCUGCUGUGGGCGGGUGACAUCGUCUUCUCUCAGCCCCCAGUGCUGUUUUGUGUUGAACACAAUUGAUAAUCCAGGUGCUUUUGAUGUGAAAAUUAUGAAGAAAUGGAACAGAUGGAUGUAUAGCAUUUUCUUUCUUGCCAUCUGGUUUUUAACAAACUUUUUGGGAGCCAUCGUGGGAAAGUCAGGGCUUUUCCCAGGAAUAUCUCAGACUUUGGGUGACAAGUUGUUCUCUUCACUCCCGACAACCAAUGCUAAGAAAUGUCGAAAGUCAAAGUGAAAAAUUCAAAAGCUCAUGAGGCCAGAAACUCCUUUUGCUGUUUUUAUCUAAAGAUGGUUAUAUUUUUUUUAAAGUAAUGAGGUGUCUUUUCCACCCUUCUUUGGAAAAGGGUCUUCUUGGCAGCUUAACAUUGACUUCUUGGUCUUGGUUUAGGGAGAAAUGAAUUUUGUAUAUUGCAGGAAUCCUUUGAGAAUGUGAUUCCUUUUGAUGGGGAGAAAGGGCAAAUUAUUUUAAUAUUUUGUAUUUUCAACUUUAUAAAGAUGAAAUAUCCUCAGGGGUGGAGAAGAGUUGUUUUCAUAAUUUUCUGAAUUUCAGGCAUCUUGUGCUACAUAAGGACCCAUAUAUUUAAACCUUUUGUGAAAUAAGAAAGUGGAAAGCCACUUCCAGUGUUGGCCAUGUGACAGUGUCCAGUAUUUCGGCCAAGGUGUUUCCAUUUCUCUGGCACAGUGCAGUGCUCCGUGCACUCCAGAGGGACAGGAUAGGACCAGGUCACCUGGAGCAAGAAGAAAGGAGGCAGGCUAGUGGUGAUCGCGCCUCACCUGGGGUUCUCCUCUCUUUAGAGGAAAAUGGGUGCAGAGGCCUCAUCUCCUUGAUGCACAGUUCACAUCCUCACAGUCCGCUGCAAGAUGAAUUUCGUGAGCCAUGCUGGGUUGUGGGUUCUAGUGUGAUUUCCUGCGGAGCUGCUCUGAGUAUGUUUUCCCAAAGGUCUUUGCAGUUGUGACCAUCCAUGUGUUAGGAGGCUGAAUGCUCCUGGGAGCCUGGACUCAGCUGGCACCUGAGGAAGUGCUCCUUGGUUUCUGAGAAUCAUGCUCCCGUCUCCUGAUUUCUCUGAACAGAAAGCAUAAGAGAGAAUGAAGGAAACUGCUAUUUUAUUUGUAUUCAUGAACUUGGCUGUAAUCAGUUAUGCCAUAUAGGAUGUCAUACAAUACCACUGGUCAAAAUAAAGGCUAUUUUUCAAAUUUAA